AAACGCUCCCGCACUCAUUCACUUUCUUCUCUGGGAUAAAUUGGGGGGUUGAUCUACGGUCAAUAUCUUUAAUUGGUCCUGGGUCUGGUCCUGGGUUUGGUCUUGGGUUCCAUCAAUACCUUCCGGUUUUACUGCUCCAGCACGAGCCACUGGGAACGUGUUGCCCGGGAAACGGCCGCAUGGCAACAGGAUCAGAGCCUGGGGGUUGUCUGCUUCUAGGUCUGCUCCCAUUUUACAUCGCGUUUCCUCACUAGAUGGUGUGCGAGCCACUGGAGAGUAUACACUUCCACACCGCGCAGUGGGCUCUACAUCCAGCUAAACAAACCUGGGAAACUAUACGGAGGAGGCAUUUAUUCACGGGGCUCCGAGGAGGGAAAGUGUGGGAAUAAAAAGAAGGUUUCUUUUUCUUUUUUGUAGCGAACAUUACACGCUCCUCUUCUUUUUUUUUUGGAAGAAGACUUGGGAGAAGCGGCAACAAAACCCCCCAGCUGUGAUGGACAUAAUGAUCGCGGUGCAGGAUGCUUGUGUUUCUGGUCAGUGGCUUACUGCGAUAAUUCUCAGCCUGUGCUGCUUUCUGCCGUCCUGUUUGCCCGCUGGACAGACUGUGGACUAUUCCUCGGUGGAAAGUGUGGUGAGCAGACAAGGCGACACGGCUCUACUGAGGUGCUACCUGUUGGAUGGGAUCUCUAAAGGAGCCUGGCUGAACCGCUCAAGCAUCAUAUUCGCAGGGAACGACAAGUGGUCCGUGGACCCUCGCGUGUCCAUUGUGUCCAGCGUUGGGGACAAACACGAGUACAGCCUUCAGAUACAGAAAGUGGAUGUAACUGAUGACGGCCAGUACACGUGUUCGAUCCAGAGUGAGCGCAAUCCACGGCCAAAGCUCCUCAACCUCAUUGUAAAAGUUCCUCCCAAGAUUUAUGACAUAUCCUCUGACAUCACGGUAAACGAGGGCAGCAAUGUGUCACUCAUCUGCACAGCCAGCGGGAAACCUGAGCCAACCAUUUCCUGGAGACAUAUAACCCCAUUAGCGAGGAAGUAUGAGAGCGGUGAAUAUCUGAACAUCACCGGCAUCACAAGGGACCAGGCUGGGGACUAUGAAUGCAGCGCUUUAAAUGACAUCGCCUCUCCUGACACCAAAACAGUAAAAGUCACAGUCAACUUUGCUCCAUCUAUCCAUGAGAUGAAAAGCAAUGGAGUCGGUCUGGGACGCACAGCUCUGCUAAGGUGUGAAGCAGCUGCCGUGCCUUCUCCGACAUUCGAGUGGUACAAGGGCGAGAAAAGGAUUAUCAAGGGUCAAGGCAUCGACAUCAAAAACCUCAGCUCCAGAUCAAUCCUCACAGUGAACAACAUGACAGAGGAUCGUUACGGGAACUACACAUGUGUCGCCACCAACAAACUAGGGACAGCUAAUGCCAGCGUGCCUCUCAUUCCGCCCAACACUGCACCCUAUGGGAGCACAGGAAGUGCGUACGUCCCGCUGGCCUGCCGGUACCUGGUCCUGGCCCUCUCCUCCUUCAUCAGCGUGUACUAGCGGAGGCCAGUGCGGACACAAUGACUGUCGAGAGCAUUUAUGAGUCCUUUUUGACACUGCUGAUGGCUGGAAUCACAUCUGGUACAGUUUGUUGAAAAGCCGUGAGGGGAACAUAAUCAGCGUUACUUUGUGUGGGGAAGUUUUGGUUUUUUUUCCUUUGCUUUUUUUGGUGAAUAUUCUGUCAUGUAAAUACUAUGAUGUUUUUUUAUUAUUAUUAUUAUUAUUGUUAUUCUAAUUAUUAUUUUCUUUCUCUUCUGAUUGAUUGAACACCCAGUGAAUCAGUGCUAACCUCCAGCCCCUCCCCACCGCCAAUCAUAUCAAAAGCCCCCAAAAUGAGUUGCUUUCAUGCCUCUUUCUCGUGGAGGUGAUGGCGCAAAAUUGACAUUUUCAUCAAUUUUUGUACAUGGUUAAAAAAAGAAGCAAUUGUGCCAAGUUUACCAGUACACAGAAUUACCAUACCAAUGUUGUAUUGAAUGUAUUAUGGGUUGUUGAACAAAAGGAAAGACAUUUAGAUUUCUAAUCACUCAAAUUCUGAUUAUGGAGUGUGCUUAAAAAAAAUACUGAAAAAAAUGUAAAGAACAAAAAAGGCAGGGACCUGUGUUGUCAUGAUUACUCAGUAGAUGGAUGAACAGUGUUGAAGGUGUGCUUUGUUGUAUCCUGAAAUGGGUCCUUCAGUUACUAUGCCUGCCAAACACAUUUGAUCAGGCAGCCGUCAAAGUAGCAAAGUAUACUGUAUUGUAUCUUUAUAUUUUAAUAUAGUGUAGGCUUUUGUUUUGAAGUGGGACCAGCUUUUUUCUCAUCCGUCUACCACAUUAACACGGUUCAUGACUCUGUACAGUAUGAAGGGAGGAACAUCGCUGCCCUAUGUUUACAUUUUCUUGAGAAUAUAAAUACUACACUGUAUAUCCAUACUUUACACAUUUAUGAAUGUUGCAAAAACGUGUUGCAGUUGAGAAGAAAAAUGUCAACUUUAAAGAUUCAGUUUGAAAUGUGCCACUUCCAUUGAACAUCUGAGCAGAGAGUUUAGAGUUUUGCUGUAUCAUCCUCACAGCUGCACACUGUUGGCCACUUCAAGGUUUGGCUUCAACCUUUGGCUUGAUACUCUAUGGGGAAGAGAUUCUGGGAAUGCAGUAUUCUGCAGCACAACAUUUUAUUUCUUAGUUUGAAAUACAAAUCAGUCUCCUUUACCGUAAAUAUAUCUACUUCUACUGUACCCGAAUACAUAUGAAAGAUAUCCAGAGAGACAAAGGCCAAUCGAAUUUCUGGAGAAUAAACCAACAUAUUUGAUAAAAGUAUGAUAAUGGAACAUGUUUCAAUUCAUAUCUGAGUCUUGUGUUAAUUAUGAGCAACAGAAAGAAAGCCUGUGAACAUGCUCAUCACAACAUUCAUGGCCUACGGUGCUAAAUCAAAAAGCUAAUCAGUGUCCACAGGGCCAGUGAACAUCAAGCAGAGUAGAGAAUAAAUUAAACCAUGAUGCUGUUUCAUAGAACGAAAUGUGGCUUUUAUUCACUACCUUCAACCUUUUAUCGAAAACAAAGUUCUUAUGGUUUACUUCCUGACCAGACGUUUAUGGCUCAUUCAUUCUCAGAUAUCUUCAAUCCACCGUGAAAACAGAGAGACACUGUACUGUAAUGCCUUAAUAGAACCAUAGACAUGAAAUGAUGCUCCCUUUCAAAGGAAACUUCUAGAAGCUAUCGAUCAAUAACACACGUUUCUUUGACAUAUUUAUGAUUACUGAAUGUUCAUAAACCAGUAGCUUACUUAUCUUUCAAAUUCUACUCAGUAAAGACAAAAUUUUUCUCAACCUCCAGCUCCCACAGGUAUUUUGAAAAAAGCCAGUUGCAUCAGCUGAAAAUGCAGUACUUGUCAUUCAGGUUAACAUGUUUGCAGGUCUUGUUUGGAUUUGGAUUGUGUUACAUUUUGCCCCCGAAACAAGGGUACCCUGAACAGUACCCAAGUUCACACAGUAUUUUCACGUGAACUUGUAACUGCAAACCUGUAGAGAAAUAGCCAUCGCAGUUAAAAGACUUAAAGCACAAACACUGUUAGAACUUUUACGUUUUGUGAUGAUUUGUUUUAAAGUCUGCUGAAGUUUUAUUUUGUUCUUUUAUUGUUUGUACUGAAGUUGUUCUCAGCUUGUUUUACAAAUUAUGAAAAUACUGCACCGUAUGAUCUUGUUUAAAUGUUAAGGUAUACUGAAAAUGGGUCAAAGUAUAUUUAUUCUCUUCCUUUAUGAAACAAUGUAUAAAAAAUAGAUUUGAAACAUGUAAAACUGGAUAUGUGACAUUUAUUUGAAUGGGACACAGUUAUGGCAUAGUUUAUAAUGUUGUCGGGUUCAUUUAGAUGCCAUAACUGUUGUUGAUUUUUUUGUCGGACGAGUACAUUUAAAAGAACAAUGUUUUCAAUCAAAUUACCUACUUUUUGAAACAGAGAGGGUGUGAACCAAUAUAACAGUAUUAUAGAUCAGACUCGAUGUGUGUAUAUUUGGAGAAAAUAGGAUACCUUUUGAUCUUUAGAGCCAGUGUGUAGUCCUAGUUUUCACACACUUGCGUGUUUGACGAUGUGCAGAGAGUAUGGUUGUGCUGCAUGUCAAAGUUAACCUGUGUUUUUUGAGGUGGCCAUUUUACAAAUAUUCAUACUUUUUAUGAAUGGAACCAAAUGUUUGGUUCUGACAGCUGGUCUAAAAAUACAUACCUCCUACAGACCACCAGGCUAUGUUUGUUUGUGAUUUCUUUCAACCAACUUUGCUGAUUAACUUUAAAAAAAAAAAACUUAAAAAAAACUGCU